AUGGCGACGGCAAGAAACGGGAGAGAGCUUUUUACUAUUUUGGAAACUAGCGCGGACGCAGAAAGUAACUCUCUGUGCGUUAGUCAGGACUCUCCGCUUAAUCUGUCAGCCGAUGUGAAGUGGUUUGAGAUUCCGUACAAGAAGCCGGACUCGGAGGAAGACGAUGCGUGCGAGGCAGAGGAGGAAGAAGAAGGCGAGGGGGAGAAUGGCUUCGACGCCACGGUGGACCAGGACGCGGCCGGCGUGAGCAGCGGACUCGCCUGCAACAUCCUGGUAGUGACGGCAAGUAACGGGCUGACACAUGAAGAGGACGAUUAUGUCGAGGAUUCUUUCUACUCUACCUCUACUAACUGCUCAGAUAACACCUCCAACGACUCGGAUAUUGAUUUCUCUGAUUUGGAGGAGGAGCAGGAGCGCAGAAGUUUUUGCAGCCUGGAAGACGAGUUGGAGGUGGACUGCUCCGUGGCUGACUUCUGGGGAGAACCAGACCAGGUGAUCUCUAUUGAACCUUUCUCUGCUCCCAGCGGCCCACAGCACUCACUGGGGGACGAUGCUGACAGCCGUGACUAUUUCCGGAUACUCUUCCCAGAUUCUCUUUUUGAACACAUGGUAGAACAAACAAACAGUUACGCCCUCUAUCGGCAAAGGAGGAGUGGGAAGACAGACCCCCACUGGCACCCCACAGAUGUGAGAGAGAUGCAAGCUUAUGUAGGCUUAAACAUUCUGAUGGGUAUCAACCAGCUUCCAGACACUGGCAUGUACUGGGCCAGUGAUAUUUUCAUUGGGAAUGCAGGCUUUAAGAAAACUAUGACAGCCAGGCGUUUUGAGAAGCUCACACAAUACCUACAGCUGUGUGAGAGGGAGUCUGAGCCCGAGCGGGGGGAGCGUGGUUAUGAUGGCCUCUUUAAGAUCAGGCCUCUGUUGGACAUGCUGGAGAACACAAUGUGGGAUGCAUAUAUUCCCAACCGUUGUUUAACAGUGGACAAGUGUGCCAUUGUGGUAAAGGGACGAUUCUCCCCUGCACAGUACAUGCCCUCUAAGCCUCUAAAGAAGGGGCUGAAUGUGUGGAUGCUGUGUGACUCUAGAUCAGGGUACUGCCAUCGGACCAAGAUUUCAGUAGGAAAACCAAGGGAUGAUGAGACAGCAGCGUGCCUUGGGUACAGGGUGGUGACUUCCUUAGUGCGUGGCCUGGAGGGUCAGUACCACCACCUCUUUAUGGACAGCUUCUUCACCUCAGUGCCACUGCUCCAGAGGCUGCUACAGGAUGGACUGUACGCCUGUGGGCCCACUCAUCCUGCUCGCAAAGGGUACCCUGAGGUCCUAAGACCACGCAAUGUUGGAAAACUGUCCCAGGGUGAGUUUUACCAAUGCCAGAGGGGGAACCUGGUUGCUACAGUAACGCGUGAUGUUAAAGUGAUUAACUGUUUGUCUACCAACUCUGCUCCUGGCAUAGUGGGCAUCAGCCCAGGAAAACAACAGAGUGACACAGAGGGGGGAGGUGACAGUGACAGCGGAGACAGCUCUGGGUUUGGCUUGCCUCGACCGUUACCCGUUCUUCUAUAUCAAGAAAACAUGAGAGGCGUGGAUCUGUGUGAUCAGCUGAGAGAGUGCUAUCUAGUAGGCCGGCCUUGCAAAAAGUGGUGGCGAUAUUUCCUGUGGUUCUACAUCAACCUCUGUAUCGUCGAUGCCUACAUCAUCCAGAGGGAGAGCCGAGGGGGCACACCGCCCACGGGCUUCAAUGGAAAACAGUUCACACAGCGCCACUUCCGGGUCCGUCUGGCCCAGCAGCUGAUUGGAGACUAUCAGGGGGCUCGGGGCAUGGAGCGAGCAGCACGCAAGAGGCAUGCAGACUCCCCCAUCGAGUACGGACACAGGCUGGAGCGCAUGUCAGAGCGCUCUCGCCGCUGUAGAAACUGCACCAACAAGGGACUGAGGCAUGAAAGUGUGUUCGGCUGUAAGAUAUGCAAUGUCCACCUAUGCAGAGGCGGCUGCUUCUCUGAGUUUCACAAAUAA